AUGAGGAGGGGGGAUGGGGCAUGUCUUUGUAGAGCAAAGCAAGGCUUGUACAGAGACAGACAUACUCGUAUCCCCCGACAUCUGUGUGACAUGCCGAGGCAGAGACAUCUUUGAGAAUAUCUGAGACAGACCGGGGUGACCAGUGACAGACUGACAGCCAAAGCAUCUGCAGCCCAGCCAAUCAUAUCUGCCGUGGCUGUGACACACAGGCUGUGGCAGGCAGUAGCCUCAAACCAUAGGUAGCCGCUACAUCAGCAUCACCUAACCAGGCAAGCGGCCGGUCACCUACACCCAACGAGCCGAAGGGGACUGGAGACGCUAUGGGGGCUUCCGGGACAAUGGAGUCUUCCCUUCUGUGUGUGAGCUGCCUCCUCCUGCUGAGCGUACAGAGCCUCUCGGCAUGGCGCCCCCAGCUGGCGCUGUUUUGCGGACGGGUUCCUUUACACAUGGAUCUGCUAACGGGAGACUGGGUGUCAGACCCUCGAGGGACCCCCAACUGCCUGGGGACCCGGGAUGAGAUCUUACAGUACUGCAGACAGGUUUAUCCCGAGCUACAAAUCACCGGAGUUACAGAGGGCGCCCAACCGGUGACAGUGACAAACUGGUGCCCGAACCAGAGGGUAGAGUGCAAAGGUCGCCAGCAUAUUGUGGUUCCAUAUCACUGCCUGGUGAGUGAGUUCGUCAGCGAUGCUCUCUUGGUCCCUGACAAGUGCCGUUUCCUGCAUCGUGAACAGAUGGAUGUGUGUGAGAGUUACCAGCACUGGCACGAGACUGCCCGCGGGGCCUGUGCCUCUGAGAACCUGGAUCUUCACAGUUAUGGGAUGUUGCUUCCAUGUUCCUCUGAACGGUUCCGUGGGGUGGAAUAUGUAUGUUGCCCACCGCGUAACCCACCACCGGCAGAACCAACCAGAGGUCAACCCAUCACAGAGCCGGAGCCAGAAGACAUGGAGAAAGGUGAUGAUGUAGAGAUUGAGGAGGAUAAUGUCGAAGUCUUGGAAGAGGGAGGAGAAGACAACGCUGGGGCAACUGCAGACCAGGACCCAUCCGUAUGGGAUGACUAUUUUGUUGGACAUGGUUACGAGGAGGAAGCCACCAGUGCCGCACCAACCCUUCCUCCAGAGGUCAAAGUUUCUCGUCCCACCGACGGAGUAGACAUAUACUUUGAGUCACCACGUGAUGGAUCAGAACACGCCAACUUCCUUCGAGCAAAAAUGGAGCUGGAGGAACGACGUAUGAAACAGAUCAAUGAGGUGAUGAAGGAAUGGGCCGAGGCCGAUAACCACGCCAAGAACCUGCCCAAAUCAGAUCGCCAGGCGCUCAAUGAGCACUUCCAGACCAUCCUGCAGACCCUGGAAGGACAGAUCUCCACCCAACGCCAGCGCCUCGUGGAGACGCAUCUCGGCCGCGUGGUGGCAGCUCUGAACGAUAACCGAAGAGCAGCCCUGGAGAACUACCUGACCAGCGUGCAGACUUCGCCCCUAGACUCGGAGCGAGUGUUACUGGCACUGAAGCGCUACAUCCGGGCAGAGCAAAGAGACCAGCGGCACACGGUCAGGCAUUACCAACAUGUCAGCAGCGCGGAGCCGGACAGAGCGGAGACCAUUCAGUUCCAGGUCCUCACCCAUCUCCGAGUCAUCGAAGAACGAGUCAACCAGUCCCUGUCUUUGCUUUACCGCAACCCAGAACUGACGACGGAGCUCCGGGACCAAAUUGAAAGCUGGCUGCACACAGAGUGGGUGAAAGCGGGAGACCUUCUCAGCUCAACGCAGAAGAAGCUGAACGAAGACAGCGACUAUCCUGAAAUAAGAGUGCCGACCCAAAACUCUGCCGAGACGUCACAAGGAGAGGACUCCCAACAGAUCGACAGGAAAGGUUCAGCCGGUUGGGAUCAGUAUUCAGAUUUUACCACCACCGAGCGGACCCUCAAUAUCCCGGGGCAAAAGGACAACGGGUCCAUGAAGCAGGUUCAUUACCAGUUAGAAGACAUGCAACGAGAUGAACUGGAGCCCGACACCCUGGUCACAUUUAACCGAGGUGCUCUGAUUGGCCUGCUGGUGGUGGCGGUUGCCGUGGCAAUGGUGAUAAUUAUCAGCCUUCUCCUGAUCCGGCGCAAACCGUAUGGGACCAUCAGCCACGGAAUCAUAGAGGUGGAAGCUUCCAGGAGCCCAGAAGAUAAACACCUAAGUAAAAUGCAGAACCAGGGCUAUGAAAACCCAACGUACAGAUACCUGGAGGAAUGUAACUGAGCGGUGGUCCGGGUUUUAUUAUUUCAGGCACAGGGGGUGGGGCUUUACUUUAGGGGAGGGAAAAAUAUGGGUCAGGGGAGGGAUGGGCUUACAGGGCAAAUUUACCAAGAGUAGCGACCAAUUGACUUGGGAGAGUUUUUUGCUCCUCCUGGGAGCGACUUUUGGCGAAUUAAAAUGACUUUGCCCCUCGUGGGAGGAGUCGAAGAAAUAUAUAUACAGGGAUAUAGAAUAAUAUAAUAUUCAAGCGGUAGUGGAUAGAACCGGGGUAACGCGUUGGAGAGAGCGGGUUAUAAUGUUAGUCUCUCGCCCCUGUACAUGCACUUAUAUAAAUUAUUUAUAACGAAGAAGGGAUAAGAGACAUGGCGGCAUUCUAACUUCCUGCUCUGACUCCCCGCCCCCUAACGGGAACGCUAUUCUCCUACCGUGCCCCCCCUCCCCCAUUUUCAGAAUAAACCAGCGCCGAGACAUUUUGAGCUCCCGAGGAGGGUUCAAGGAGCUGGUUUAACCCCUUCAAAAAAUGCAUUGUGGGGGGGAAAAAAAUCGUCUCGGCCCCAAAAAAACCCGCAAAAAAAAAAAAUAAGAAAAAUGUGUAAAUAAAUAAUGCUGAAUGUAUUUAUUUUUGGGACACACUUUAAACGAGUACACGGUGCAUUGUGAAUGUUAAGGGCGUAAAUUCUCAAAGGUAUAUACAUAUAGUGUGAGCAUUGCGUAGUUCCCAUAAUUAAAGGGUUAAUGCAAGGCAUCUGCUUCCUAAACUAUCCCCCCCCCCCCUUUACUUAGCUGUAUUUAUUUAAACUCUGACCUGGUAUAUGGCUGAAUAAUAAUAUCCUUACUGUCUUUUUGGAUCGCUUUAUUGAAAUUAAUGGAGGUGGGCUCAAAAACACCCCCCAGCAUAUGCUUUGUGUAGAUUAGGGGAUGCACAGCGUGGGAUCAGAUACCCUUAUCAUGGCACUUUAAUUUGUGUAUUACCCGUCCUAUCACGCUAACCCCCCUCCAGGCUGUAUGUAUGUGUCGGGCUGUACAGAGGGGAUGCCGUGUAUGUACUCGCAUUCAGAAGACAUGUGGUUUCAAACAGGGGGUCUUCAGACUGUAACAUCCUGGGGGGGUUUAGCACGGCAGCCCUGAUCAUCCUCAGCCAUAGGAUAACGGGUCCCUGUGAUUUGCUUACCGGAUGGCAUUCACACCACAUCGGCUUCUUAUCCAUCAUUGCAUUAAAGACCCUGUACAAUGUUUUUUUGUAUCAUUUCCUUUAUGUACUAAUAUUACUGCUCUAUAAAGUGACACCAAAUACAACCAA